UGUUUAUGCUUCAUCUAAAAUUUUGAUUUCAGUAAUAUAGAGUUGGCAGUGUAAUUUUCAAGUUGGCCACUAGGUGCAGCCAUUUUCUUGUAAUGUUAAGUGCACGCCAUGUUGCAGUAGACACAGUGACAUGACAGAGUUGAACUUUACCUAUGGUAUUCAUACUGCCUUUACACUGCGGGUUUAUUUAUGUUUUAUGUAUACUUGUUGUUGAAGUUAUAUCUUUUUAACCUUUGUAAAAGGUAGUUAAAGGAUCAGUUCAAUCAUAUUACAAAAACCUUUUAUUUCCAUUUAGCCUGUACAGUCAUUUUGGAGGCAGUUUGUGGUGCUGUUGAAAUGUACGGCAUUACAGUGAGAGGUGUUUCUAUAAUUUUGUCCACACCACUUACAUCAGUGCAGGUAGGCUAAAUAAGAGAAACUUCUCUGUAUAAUGCAAUAUAGUAGCUAUAAAAUAGCUCAAAUAAAUUCAGUGAUGCAAAUGUUAUUUAAUGUUGACAUAGGAGUUGUAUGUUUAUUUUGUACAACCCAGGACUAUCUCCCAUGUACUUAAAAUGCAGUAUGUUUAAAAAGAAAGGUUGAUCUUUUGUCACACAGCCUCACAGUCUCUUACUGGAUGACUUGUCUUUCAUUCCUUCCUUUUCCUGCCAGUUAACACACUGAAACGCUUAGUUAAAUAUUAACAGGGUCUGAAAGUCAUUUGGCCAUAAGCACUUGUUAGCCAACUUGCCCAUUUGUUUGGAUAUUACUGAUUAUACACAGCAAUGUGAUGCUUCUUUUUAGGAGGAUGGACGAUAGCAUGCGUGAUGUGUGACAGUCUCCCUGCUCCGGCUGAAUGACCAGUUUCAGUAUGACUAAUCAGGCAAUUGGUCCCAUCUAUGACAACGCAGGGUUCCAGCAUGACGAAGGAAGACCCCCCCCAUACAGCCCUCAGCCGGGGGUAUACCCUCCCCCCCCACAAGAGAUCCCCAGCUAUGUUGCCAUGACUCCCAAAACCAUCAACACCUGCCACACUGCAACACCUGGAACACCACAUAAUACAGGACAAAAGAAAGGAAUAAAGACAUGUUGCUGGAAAUAUAUCCUGUGUGUGUCUCUGUGCGUGGUUCUUAUCCUGGCAGUGGUCGGCCUCUUGCUCUGGUACUUCUUGUACUACCAGUGUUUACUGGGGAAGUCAUGUAGAAGUGGUGGGAAGUGUCUGAGCCCCUCGCAGUGGUGUGACGGUGUCAGGGACUGUUCACACGGAGAGGAUGAAUCUCAGUGCUUUCGCCUUCACGGGACCAACUACAUCCUGGAGAGUUACUCAUCAGACAGCCAGACGUGGAUGCCCGUGUGUGCUGAGAACUGGGACAACAACUAUGGGAGAGCAGUGUGUGAGCAGAUGGGCUACAGGAGGCAGGAUUACGUGACUUAUGGACAAGCCAGUACAGGCUCUUUGGCCUCCAAAGGAUACAUGAAGCUGAAGACUGGGAGUAAACAUGAAUCACAUAUUCAGUCACAGCUCACUUACAGCCAAAGUUGCUCAGCCAGAGCUGUCACGCUUCGUUGUAUUGAAUGUGGAGAGAGUUCAGCAGCCCCCAGUAUUCGUGUUGUAGGUGGUACGGAGGCUGUCAAUGGAGCCUGGCCGUGGCAGGUCAGUCUCCAGAUAAAUGGCCAACACAUAUGCGGAGGCUCCAUUAUCAGCCCCUACUGGAUCGUAUCUGCCGCACACUGCUUCGAAAAGUACUCCAAUCCUCGGAUAUGGAGGGUAUACUCUGGUGACGUGAGCUUGUUCAAAAUGAGCUUUGGCGUUGGCAAAACUGUUCAAAAAAUCAUUAGUCAUGACAAAUUUAACACCAGGAAUAAUGACAAUGACAUUGCCCUACUAAAGCUCGAUACACCCCUGACUUUUACAAGGACAGUGAAGCCAGUGUGUCUCCCCAGCAUUGGCGUGAGUGUCUCUGCUGAACAUCAAGCCUGGAUCACAGGAUGGGGAGCCUUGCGCUCAGCUGGCCCAGUCCCUGACAGGCUAAAUCAGGCCCAGGUGACCAUUUACAGGAGAGAGACCUGUAACAGCCCUCAGGUGUUAAACGGGGAAGUCACUCAUACCAUGAUCUGUGCGGGCAAGCUGCAGGGAGGAGUCGACACAUGUCAGGGUGACAGUGGAGGGCCCCUGGUGGUAAAAGGGGGGAACACAUGGUGGCUGGCAGGGGACAGUAGCUGGGGAAUUGGAUGUGCUUUGAGGAACAAGCCAGGAGUCUAUGGCAAUGUAACCUACUUCUCUGACUGGAUACAUGAACAAAUGCAGAAUGAGUGAUGGAAAUUUCAAUGAAUAUGAAGACAAGCCUCCUUCAUGAAUCAGUGGUACUUACUUUAUCACACACUUUGCACUUUGAAUCUGAAGCUCCGUUUUUUUUAACAACAAAACUAAGAUUGUACAAAUAAAAUUGAUCAUUUCGUUAUUUUCUAUACUUGUUAUUACUACAGGAUGAAUGUCUGUAUUUGGACAAAAUCAAGCAGUUUUUUUGUUUUGUUUUUUUUGUAAUAGAACUAAUUUUGCUCAAAGAGCUGAGUUUCAGUUUGACAUUCUGUGACAAAUGACCUGUAGAGAUCGUCAGAGAACACAUUUGCCUGCUGUCGCCUGCUUUUGUGGAGUAACUGGCUAAUGGAGCAAAGCCUGCCAGAGGGUGCGGGCAGUACAUUUUGCUCUAACUGCAGAACUCAUGGUCCACUCUACUCAACACUACUGCAACACAUAACCAAAUCUCCCAUUUGCAAGAAGGCCAAACCCCACCUUAAUUCCUGCAUCCACCUGUUGGCUAUCACCUCAGAACAGUACGGUACGCUUGAAGGGGAACAGGAAGGUCAGAGCCUAGACAUACUAUAUACACUCACCGAGCAC